GUGUAUGUUAGAAAAAUGGAAGUAUUCCAGGAACUUCGUAAGCCAUCGGCACAUUUGGAGUGUGACCACUGCAAUUUCAGAGGCACGGAUUAUGAAAAUGUACAAAUCCACAUGGGUACCAUCCAUCCAGAAUUUUGUGAUGAAAUGGAUGCUGGUGGGUUAGGUAAAAUGAUAUUUUACCAGAAAAGUGCAAAGCUAUUUCACUGCCAUAAAUGCUUUUUCACCAGCAAGAUGUACUCUAAUGUAUACUAUCACAUCACGUCCAAACAUUCAGCCCCAGAGAAAUGGAAUGAGAAACCAAAAAAUCAGUUAAACAAAGAAGCAGAUCCUGUGAAAAGCCCUUCUGUUCCUGAACACCAGAAAAUGGCCUCUAAUUCAGCAGAACUCCUGAAACCUAUACCUGCCCUUUCCAUAGAAACACAGAAAUUUGGCCCAGUUAUGUCUCCAGAAUCACCAAAACCUACUCCUCUUACUUCCCUGGACUCUCAGAAACCUGGCCCUGUUGUUUCUCCUGAGCCACAGACACCUUCUCUUCCUUCUCCCGAGCCUCCAAAACCUGCCCCUGUUUCUUCUCCUGAACUUCCAAAACCAGUCCCUCUUGUUUCUGAAUCUCAGAAACCAGUCCCUGUUCCUUCUCCAGAACCACAGAAACUUGCUCCCGUAUCUCCUGAGCCAGUGAAGGCAACUCUUACUAAUCCCAAACCCCAGAAACACUCCCAUUUCCCAGAAACAUUAGGGCCACCUUCAGCCUCAUCUCCAGAGUCACCAGUUCUGGCUGCCUCCCCUGAACCUUGGGGACCAUCCCCAGCUGCGUCUCCAGAGUCUCGGAAGCCGGUCCGGACUGUCUCCCCUGAGCCAAGGAAGCUGUCCCCAUCGGAGUCUCCUGAACCUUGGAAGCCAUUCCCUGCUGUGUCCCCAGAGCCUCGGAGACCAGCCCCAGCUGUGUCACCAGGGUCUUGGAAGCCAGGGCCACCUGGGUCCCCCAGGUCUUGGAAAUCCAGUCCGUCAGCAUCAUCAGGACCUUGGAAGCCAGCUAAACCUGCUCCAUCUGUGUCUCCUGGACCUUGGAAACCAAUUCCUUCUAUAUCACCUGGACCUUGGAAACCAGCUCCAUCCAUGUCCCCUGCGUCCUGGAAGUCUUCAUCAGUCUCACCUGGUUCCUGGAAAUCUCCCCCCGCAUCUCCUGAGUCGUGGAAGUCUGGCCCACCAGAACUCCGAAAGACAGCGCCCACCUUGUCACCUGAACAUUGGAAGACAGUUCCUCCAGUGUCCCCUGAGCUCCGUAAAGCAGGACCUCCCUUGUCUCCUGAGCUUCGCAAACCAGGCCCACCACUGUCCCCAGAGAUCCGUAGUCCAGCGGGAUCUCCAGAGCUCAGAAAACCCUCAGGGUCUCCAGAGCUUUGGAAGCUUUCCCCUGAUCAGCGGAAAACUUCUCCUGCUUCACUUGAUUUUUCUGAGUCCCAGAAAAGUUCCCGUGGUGGUUCCCCUGAUCUCUGGAAGUCUUCCUUUUUUAUUGAACCUCAGAAACCUGUCUUCCCUGAGACCCGGAAACCAGGUCCUUCUGGGCCAUCUGAGUCCCCUAAAGCUUCCUCUGAUAUCUGGAAGCCUGUUCUCUCUAUUGAUACUGAGCCUAGAAAACCUGCCCUGUUUUCUGAGCCUACCAAAACAGCCUCUCGUGCUUCUCCUGAACCACGAAAACGUGCUCUUUUUCCAGAGCCCCGGAAACAUGCCCUUUUCCCCGAACUUCCCAAAGCUGCUGUCUUCUCAGAAUCUCAGAAGGCAGUUGAGCUUGGUGAUGAACUACAGGCAGAUGCCAUAGACGAUCAAAAGUGUGAUGUUUUGGUUCAGGAAGAACUACUGGCUACACCUAAGAAACUCUUAGAAGACACUUUAUUUCCUUCCUCAAAGAAGCUCAAGAAAGACAACCAAGAGAACUCGGAUGCUGAGCUUAGUAGCAGUGAGUAUAUAAAAACAGAUUUGGAUGCGAUAGAUAGUAAGGGCCAAGAAUCGAGCAGUGAUCAAGAGCAGGUUGAUGUGGAAUCUAUUGAUUUUAGUAAAGAGAACAAAAUAGACAUGACUAGUCCAGAGCAGUCCAAGAAUGUACUGCAGUUUACUGAAGAAAAAGAGGCUUUUAUCUCUGAAGAAGAGAUUGCAAAAUACAUGAAGCGUGGAAAAGGAAAGUAUUAUUGCAAAAUUUGUUGCUGUCGUGCUAUGAAAAAAGGUGCUGUUUUGCAUCAUUUGGUUAACAAGCAUAAUGUCCAUAGUCCUUACAAAUGUACAAUUUGUGGAAAGGCUUUCCUUUUGGAAUCUCUCCUUAAAAAUCAUGUAGCAGCUCAUGGGCAAAGUUUACUUAAAUGUCCACGUUGUAAUUUUGAGUCAAAUUUUCCAAGAGGCUUUAAGAAACAUUUAACUCAUUGUCAAAGCCGGCAUAAUGAAGAGGCAAAUAAAAAGCUAAUGGAAGCUCUGGAACCUCCACUGGAGGAGCAGCAAAUUUGA